AUGAAAAACUUGAAGCUCUUUUCGGAGGUCCCUUUGGAUCUCCAAUUAAACUUCAACGACGAAACUUUACGAUUCUCCGCUUGGGAUAUCGAGCGAAACCGCCUCUUGUUCCUCUCUUCCCACAAUUUCAUAUAUACAUGCCAUCUCUCUUCUUUCCACGAAAAAGGAGCUUGGAGUAAGCGCUUAUUAUCUACAGAUGUUGGCACCGUUGAUCUGGAACAUGGGGACUCCGUUACUUCCUUUGAUUACCUCAUGGAGAAGGAGGCGCUUCUUCUGGGAACUUCAAACGGCAUUUUAUUGCUUCACAAUGUAGACGCUAACGCAACCCAAGUUGUUGGCAAGGUAGAUGGUGGUGUCAACUGCAUCUCCCUUAGCCCUGAUGGAGAACUACUUGCUAUAAUAACUGGUUUUGGCCAGAUAUUGGUUAUGACUCAUGAUUGGGAUUUGUUGUAUGAAACACCGCUCCAUGAUCUUCCUGAAGGCUAUGACGUAAGUGAAGAAAUCUUUCUGUCGGAUCGGUUUGAGCAGCAUCCUGUAUCUUGGCGAGGAGAUGGGAAAUACUUUGCCACAAUGAGUGAUGCAUGCGGUUCUGAUUCAUUGCUUAAGAAACUCAAGGUUUGGGAACGAGAUUCAGGGGCAUUGCUUGCUUCUUCGGAGGCAAAAGCUUUUGCUGGAGCAGUUUUGGAGUGGAUGCCCAGUGGUGCUAAAAUUGCAGCUGUUUAUGAUAGAAAAGCUGAGAAUGAAUGUCCCUCCAUUGUUUUCUUUGAGAGAAAUGGAUUAGAAAGAAGCAAAUUUAGCAUCAACGAAGGAAUUAAUGCAAACUUAAAAUUUCUGAAAUGGAAUUGUAGUUCUGAUCUUCUUGCAGGUGUUGUUGAAUUUGAAAAUUAUGAUGCUAUAAAGAUAUGGUAUUUUAGCAACAAUCACUGGUACCUGAAGCAUGAAAUUAGAUACUUGAAGCAAGAUGAAGUCAGGUUCAUCUGGGAUCCAGCAAAGCCUUUGCAGUUAAUUUGUUGGACUCUUGGUGGUCAGGUCACAGUUUACAGCUUUGUCUGGAUCACCGCUGUUAUGGAGAAUUCCAUUGCACUAGUCAUUGAUGGCUCCAAUAUUCAUGUAACCCCACUUUCCUUAUCCUUAAUGCCGCCUCCUAUGUAUUUAUUUAGCCUGAAAUUUUCUUCUCAUGUUGGGGGCAUGGCAGUGUAUUGCAAAAACUCUAAGAACCAGUUAGCUGCAUUUCUUUCAGAUGGUAGCUUGUGUGUUGUAGAGCUUCCAUCAAUUGAAACCUGGGAAGAACUAGAGGGGAAAGAAUUCAGUGUUGAAGCAUGUCAUAGUGAAACGGUGUUUGGAUCCAUUUUACAUCUUGUAUGGUUGGAUUCCCAUAAGCUAUUAGCUGUUUCACAUUAUGGUUUCAGUCACAGUAACGACUUAUUUCAAACCUCACUGAAUGAGGGUGGAUUUCGAGGCUUCUAUUUGCAGGAAAUGGAACUUGAAUGUUCUGAGGAUCUUGUUCCAGGAUUACUGACAUGCUCAGGCUGGCAUGCAACUGUUUCAAAGCAAAAUACUCUUGAAGAUCUGGUUAUCGGCAUCACUCCAAAUCCUACUGGUAAAUGUUCUGCAUAUAUGCAGUUUUCCGGGGGGGAUAUCCAAGAGUACCUAUCAAGAUUUGGGAUUAGUAGAGGAUCUGUAGAACAAGCAUAUCAAGGUUUUUCAUCAGCUUGCCCUUGGCUGAGUGUAGUGUUAGUUGGCAGUGGUGGCCAAUCAAAACCUGUGCUUUUUGGACUGGAUGAGAUUGGUAGACUGCAUGCUAAUGGGGGGAUAGUUUGCAACAACUGCAGCAGUUUCUUGUUUUACUCAAAUUUGGCAGACCAAGUUACCACACAUUUAAUUCUUGCGACUAAACAAGAUUUGCUUUUCAUUGUUGACAUUGGUGAUAUAUUUAAUGGGGAGUUAGACUCAAAGUACGGGAACUUUGUCCACAUUAACAGCAGGAAAAAAGAAGAAAAUGAAAAGCACAUAAAUAUAUGGGAGAGAGGUGCUAAAAUUGUUGGAGUCUUACAUGGAGAUGAAGCUGCCAUUAUACUGCAAACUACUCGCGGAAACCUAGAAUGUAUAUACCCUAGAAAAUUGGUUUUGGUUUCUAUCAUUAAUGCCUUAGUUCAAAAGCGCUUUAGAGAUGCUUUACUUAUGGUUAGGAGGCAUAGGAUAGAUUUCAAUGUGAUUGUUGAUUACUGUGGUUGGCAAGCAUUUUCAGAAUCAGCUUCUGAAUUUGUCAGGCAGGUUAACAAUCUGGGUUACAUAACUGAGUUUGUUUGUUCUGUAAAGAAUGAAAAUAUUAUAGAGAAACUCUACAAAAAUUAUAUAUCUGUUCCCCAUCCAGAGGUUGCUAAUGUUUUGCUAGUUGGAGGCCUCCAGAGUUGUCCUGCUGGUAACAAGGUUUCUUCCAUUCUGAUGGCCAUAAGGAAAGCACUUGAGGAUCACUUAACAGAGUGUCCUGCAAGGGAGCUUUGCAUUUUGACGACUCUAGCUCGGAGUGAUCCUCCGUUACUUGAAGAUGCUCUAAAGAGAAUAAAGAUUAUCCGUGAAAAGGAAUUGUCUCAUGCUGAUGACCGGGGGAGAAUUUCUUACCCUUCUGCCGAAGAAGCUUUGAAGCAUCUUUUGUGGUUAGCUGAUUCGGAUGCUGUCUAUGAAGCUGCUUUGGGUCUUUAUGAUUUAAAUCUUGCUGCUAUUGUGGCAUUGAAUGCUCAGAAAGAUCCAAAAGAAUUUCUUCCUUUCUUACAAGAACUGGAGCGUAUGCCUACUCUGUUAAUGCAAUAUAAUAUUGACCUUAGGCUGAAAAGGUUUGAAAAGGCUCUCAGACAUAUUGCUUCUGCUGGAGAUUCUUAUUACGAUGAUUGUAUGACACUCGUGAAAACAAACCCUCAACUUUUUCCAUUGGCUCUUCAACUUUUUAAUGACCCUGCCAAGAGGAUGCCCUUCCUUGAGGCAUGGGGGGAUUACCUUAGUGAUGAGAAAUGCUUUGGAGAUGCUGCAACAAUUUACUUGUCCUGUUUCAGUCUGGAUAAGGCUCUGAAGUCUUAUCGUGCUAUUAAUAAUUGGAGUGGGGUUCUUACUGUUGCUGGGUUCCUUAAUCUCGGAAAGGAUGAGGUACUGCAUCUUGCCAGUGAGCUUUGUGAAGAACUUCAAGCACUUGGUAAACCUGGGGAAGCUGCCAAAAUUGCCCUGGAGUACUGUGGAGAUGUUAACAAUGGUGUGAAUUUGUUAAUUUCUGCAAGAGACUGGGAGGAGGCUUUGAGGGUUGUUUUUAUGCAUAGAAGAGAGGACUUAAUUAAAGCAGUGAAGAAUGCAUCUGUGGAAUGCGCAAGCACACUUAUCAGUGAAUAUGAGGAAGGCUUAGAGAAAGUGGGGAAGUACUUGGCCCGUUACUUGGCUGUUCGACAGAGAAGAUUACUUCUUGCGGCAAAGCUCCAGGCAGAGGAACUUGCAGCGAGUGAUCUUGAUGAUGACGCUGCUUCAGAAGCUAGCAGUAAUUUUAGUGGAAUGAGUGCAUACACCACAGGGACCAGGAGAAGUUCUGCUGCUUCAAUUAGCUCAACUACAACUAGCAAGGCAAGAGACACUAGGCGUCAGAGGAAAAGAGGAAAAAUCCGUCCUGGAAGUCCUGACGAGGAGUUGGCCUUAGUGGAGCAUUUGAAAGGCAUGUCCCUGACAGUGGAAGCUAGACGUGAGUUGAAAUCUUUGUUGGUUUCCCUUAUGAUGUUUGGUGAGGGUGAAACAGCUAGGAAGCUGCAACAAAUGGGGGAGAACUUUCAAUUGUCUCAGAUGGCAGCAGUCAGAUUAGCUGAAGAUACAAUGUCUAAUGAUACCAUAAAUGAGUAUGCACAUACGUUGGAACAAUAUACCCGAAAAGUAAGGAUUGAAAUGCACAAUUCAGAGGCUUUGUCUUGGCGGAUUAAAAUGUUCUUAUCCUACGAGUGAGAGUAGCAAAUUAACAUGAAGAUUCCAAUUCCUAAGUUUAUCUUGGAAGUAUCUGUAUACAGUUUGAUGAUGUUGGCAUCUUUCCUUGAGGCCUUGAAUCCAUUAGAACUAUGAAUCUAUGAUUGUAUAAUUCCUGUGAAUUGAUUGUGCUACUCUAGACAUCUACAUUAACAAUAAAAGUUGGU